AUGGAUAACAGGACAGAAGUGACACAGUUCAUCUUGCUGGGACUAACCAGUGACCCAGAACUGCAGGUUCCCCUCUUUAUCAUGUUCACCCUCAUCUACCUCAUCACUCUCGUUGGAAACCUGGGGAUAAUGGUGUUGAUUUUGUUGGACUCCCGUCUCCACACUCCCAUGUACUUUUUCCUCUGUAACUUGUCUCUGGUGGACUUUGGUUACUCUACAGCUGUCACUCCCACGGUCAUGGCUGGAUUACUCAUAGAGGAUAAGAUCAUCUCUUAUAACACAUGUGCUGCUCAGAUGUUCUUUUUUGUAGCGUUUGCCACUGUGGAAAAUUACCUGUUGGCCUCAAUGGCCUAUGACCGUUACGCAGCAGUGUGCAAGCCCCUCCAUUACACCACCACCAUGACGACUGGUGUGUGUGCAUGCCUGGCCACGGGCUCUUACCUCUGUGGUUUCCUGAAUGCCUCUAUCCACAUUGGAGACACGUUCAGCCUGUCCUUUUGUAAGUCCAAUGUGAUUCAUCACUUUUUCUGUGACAUUCCAGCAGUCAUGAUUCUCUCUUGCUCUGAUAGACAUGUGAGUGAGCUGGUUCUUGUGGUUCUUGGGUAUGUGUCAAGCUUUAAUGUCUUUUUUGCUCUUCUUGUUAUAAUCAUAUCCUACCUAUUCAUAUUUAUAACCAUCUUGAAGAUGCAGUCAGCUCAGGGGCACCAAAAGGCUUUGUCCACCUGUGCUUCUCACCUCUCUGCUAUCUCCAUUUUCUAUGGGACAAUCAUCUUCAUGUACUUACAGCCCAGCUCCAACCACUCCAUGGACACAGACAAAAUGGCGUCCGUAUUCUACACGACGGUCAUUCCCAUGCUGAACCCUGUGGUCUACAGCCUGAGGAACCAAGAGGUCAAGAAUCCUUUCAAGAAAGUUUUGAUGAAGGCAAAAUCUUCUUUAAUACUGGGAUUUUAA